CAUGUUACUCAUACGCUCAGUAGUACUACGGCGCUGGUACGGCUGACUUGUACGCGGAAAAUAAAUUCGAAUUCGAUGCCUAAAUAUACAACUUAAUACAAAUAAACAGCGCGUGUGUUAGUUAAUACCAUGAAAAAAGCAUAAAUGCAUGCAAGUGUAUACAGACGUGAGAAUGUGCGUGAGCUUGCCGAAUUCAUCGUAAUCGAUCAUUUCCUAUUCGUUAGGAUUACUUGUAGUUGUGUCAAUGGCCAAACGGCGGCAAACAAGUGAAAUAAAAUACGUUCACAUACACUAUCACACCGUGAAGUACUGUUAUCAAAAACAUUUUGUGUAGAAAAUAACAAAAAAAAAAAAAACAAAAGCGAAUUAAUAUAUUUGACAAAUUUUUGAAAUAUUUGCCUUUGUGCCUCAGAGUUGCUUCGGCUGUCCAUCUGUACAUGCUGUGAAAGUGUGCAAUUUACUUACUGAUUUGAAAUGUCUACAGUUUUCAUAUGUUACUUAAAAAUAUUAACAUUUUUGCUCAUAUUAUGUGAAAGUUGUGCGGCAGUAGAAGUGGUCCGACCACGAAAUAUUACGAAGGCUGGCACCUGGCGUUAUGUGAUUCAACAAAGAGAGGCGGCAUUGCAAUUUUUAAAACACUACGUUAAUAUCACCGCCAACGAAAAACUACCGGAAUGCAUGCAGCAAGAUUGUAAAGUGCUUUGCAUGAAUAGUCAGGCGGUUCACCUGGAUAAGAGUAUCGAUAAUGCCUUCAUAGCUAAUCGGUCCAAUUGUUCGAUCGUCCAAGAGCUACGUCUUUAUAAUAUGGAAUUUCCGAAACAGAGAAUUACCUUCGGAUUUCUCGGUGAAUAUUACAAUAAGGUGCGUAAGCUCUAUAUUGGCGCAUCCAAUGUCACCACUAUUGCUGCUGGCGCUUUUAAAAGAGGCAUCUUCGAAGAGAUUAAUUUGGAGAAUCUACAAUUGGAGGAAUUAAACAAGAAUAAUUUCAAAAAUUGUACUUUCGUUUUAACACAAAUUUCCGUUAUACAACGAAAUAAACCGAUAAAACUUAUUUGCGAUGAUUUGCUGGGUAAUAUUAGAUAUCAAAUAAGAAGCUUCACACUACAAGGUAACAUCAAAUUGAUAACCAAUACGACCGCAUCGAGUAGUUUGCUGAAUAAUUUGAAAUAUUUGGAUUUGAGUUACAAUAACUUUACGAAUACAUUUACCGAUGAGACUUUCGAAAAGUUGUGGGUCGUAGAAUAUUUGGAUUUAUCACAUUCAAAUAUACAAUAUUUACCCAAUUAUAUAUUUUCGCAAAUCACCGGCUCGCUGACAUACCUCAAUUUGUCCUACAAUCAGUUGACAACAAUAAAUCAUUUGAUUUUCGGGAGACAUGCGAUUUAUGAUGAUUUAAUUAUCGAUUUGAAUUAUAAUCCCUGGAAUUGUACGUGCGAUUUACUUACGGAAAUGAAUACGAUUAUGGUAUAUCAAAGCGGUCAUCCGACAUGUCACGAACCCGUCGAGUAUGAAAUCUUAUCGGUAUUGGAUGAGCGUGUAUGUCCGGGCAAAUUGAAUGAAACUACGAAUUCGACUGCAAUAAUUAAAUCUACAACGAAAAUGACAAAAAAAUCUACAACGCUGAAACCGAUUACGACAGCAAGAGAUUAUGACAUCGAUUACAUUACAUCGAUAACAGCUCCCCCGAAAAGUCCUGUAAUACCUCCAAUAAAAUCUCCAACAAUACUUCCAACUUUAACAACAACACUGAGUGAUGUAGAUGAUGACGAUGGCGACACAAUAUUGGUACGUUGUCUGGCACCCGGUGAAACGCCGUCGGUAGCUUGGCACGUCGUUUUGUGGCCCGAGACUCAGUUACGUCUGGUACAAUUACCGCAUUUGCGUGUAGAAGUGUUACUGGAAAUUACCGAUUCGACAGAUACAUAUGGUCUGAUUUGGUUUAGUACCGUUGUGGAUGAUUAUUAUAGCAUGACAGUCAACUAUAAUCAAUAUGGGUUGGGUUGUGUUGGACCCGUAAGCUACACGACUAUUGUGGCGAAUCUGUUGCCAAAUACCGCUUAUACAUUCUGUUUGGUCGCCAAUGAUAAGCUAACGAUUUCGCCAUAUCACUGUGAUUCGCUGCACAUGGACUCGAAUCUACAGGUAGUCUAUAAUACCUGGUUGUCGCAUGAUAUGCGUGCCACUGGUAUCUCCCUGACCAUAUUCGGUGUGUUAAUGAGUUGCUUCUUGGGCAUUGCCAGCGUUUACAUGCUGCUCAAACGCAAGCCAACACUGUUGAAGGGCAGUAAACGUGUGAAAACCACAAGCACCAAUUCAAUAGACAUCGUCAUCUUUCCAAAGGAGCGCUCAUUGGAGAAUCUGAAGCUAAAGGAGGAGACGCUGGCGAAACGCAAUUCGAGAAGUUCUACUUUCAGCGUCUUCGAUACUUUCAACAAUAGUCCCAUCGCCACCAAUCGCAAUAUAAUACAUCGCGGUUCCAUUGUGAGUGUUGAGAGUAAUCAAAGUUAUAUGAAUGCCAACUUAUACGAAGUUAUACCGGCUUAUCUGCGUCUACAAGACAUCGCUUCGGAUUGUGAGAAGAAGUCGCUGGAAUUUGAGUCAAUUGACAGUUACAUGUCAACCUUGGCGCCGAAAUACGAAUGCACUUCGGUCAGUUAUGCCGAAGUUUCGCCACGCAACAAACGUGCCUCAAACGAUCCACUACCGGCAUUGCCCACAAAUCGUAUGUCUAGUACACCUACACUCGUGCUGGAGACGCCUGUGCCAAUGUCAGAAAGCAUGCCAUAUAUAACGGUGACCGAUGCGCAUGAGCAUGCAGAGAGUACAGAUAGCGAAACGUAGUGGAUUUGGAGGAGAGAUAAUAGGCAUGCUGAUGUUGAGAUAUGCCAAACUGGAAAUCAGCUCUAAAUGUAAAUGUAAUUAUUUAGAUAAUGUUAAUCUAUGUGUAUUUUAUUAACGAUGUAAUAAAGAAGGGAGGACUGAUGAAAGAAAUUUUAUUUGUUGUUGCUAAGGUCAUUAGAUAAUUUCAACGUAAUACCGGAAAUGAGGUCACCCUCGUUUAACACACCAUUACAUGAAUCCCAAAAUUUUUAUUAAAUCAAAUAAUAUAUAGCAAUAAUCAAAUAAUCGAUUAAAAUAAUCGAAAACCAUAAUCUAUGUACUGUACUGUUCUGUACUUAUAUGCUAAGCUCAAUUUAAUUAUCUUUAGCAUUCUGAAAUCACGAUUUUUAUUGCUUGAUACAUCAUGCCUUUUGU